AUGCGUCGAGUCCCCGGGUUUUUGCGAUUCUUGUCCUUGUGGUCAUUGCCAUCAGUGAGUCCCUUGAAAGGGAGGGAUUUCGACUCUGAAUCGCACCAAGCACUGCAAACCGGCGACUUUCUUCUGGCUGUCAACGACGACUUAUCCGAUACUGCAGCAGUCGAACCGGAGCGAUUCAAAGUAGAACUUAUAUUUGAUCUAAACCAGACACCAUAG